UUGCUCCAGGAGUUAGCAUUUAGAUUCAAGCCUUUUGCCCUUUCCGUAUUGUUGUGGCCUUGUGUGCUCCGCAUGUGCGGCAUGUUUCGCAGGCGCUCCCCUGCAUAGCAGAGGCAACGGACCAGAAAAGAUCUCCGUACAAAUAUGCUGUCCAAAACGUUUGGCUUUGCUGUGUUACACAAUACUAUGUUCUUCCUUGCUUCACUUUGAGUUGGGGUGCUGUGUCACCGCAGAUGUACGGUGCUGGGUUUCCGUUGAGCAUUUGCUACCAGCAGUAAGUUUUUUGACAUACGGAUGUAUGGUGAUGAUCGUGAGCACGUCCCACAAGACGUUGCGUGGGGGGUGUCAUGGGUAUAAGGAGCAGGUCGAACUCACAGCUGCAUCUACUGCUGAUUCCGCGACCCAAGACAUCAUGCCAGGUGCACAUGACGACGAGUUGGCAUCAGAUUUCGACAGUGGGCGCAGAUCAGUGGCGGCAUCGGGGGACGGCAGCAGCCCCAGCAGCCCAGCGACAGUGCCACCGCAGCCGGCGGCAUCCACGGCGGCAUCAGGGGACGGCAGCAGCCCCAGCAGCCCAGCGACGGCGCUGCUGCAGCCGGCGGCAUCCAGCGUGUGCAGCCAAGCCCCGACAGCGCCAACGGCGUGCAGGGAGGCGACCGCGACCGUGGCGCCGCUACCUCCCCUGCCCUUCCAUGGCGGCACAGCCAACGAUGACACCCAGCCGCCUGGCUACAAUGCAAGCGAGCUCCCUGGUCAUCUGCUGCACCCCACGGCAUUUGUCCAUUUCUCCGAGUUUGGCUGGGUACAAAAGCUGACCUCAUGUGCAGUGGUUGAUAGCCAGCUGAAGAACCUGUUUUCAACUGGUGAAGUCGCUGUUAGCCAGGAUCAGAUUCAGGCAGCAGACGAUGGUGACGCGUUUGUCUCAGAAGACAAUGACAAUGAGUUAUGUGCUGACAUUGUCUACACCACCACUGACACCGAAAUUCACCCUCGUCUGGGCCAGAUAAAGCGGCUCGACCUUCACGUAUUGUCUGAAGGGCAUCUCAUCCGAGUGCUGACCUCCCCGCCAAUGCUCGCUGUAUGCUCCAUUAUAUUACACAAGGCCUACAGCGCUGCCGGCUCGUCUGGCGGCGGUUUGGAGCAGCAGCCUCGUGGUGGUGGCAGCGGCGGGGCCUAUGGUGGAGGCGGUCAGCAUCAGCAACAGGGCUUGCAUGAGGGAGACGGUGAUGUGGAAGGAGGUCCUAUUGAUGGCGACGCAGCCGCUGUGGAUGUAUUUAUGGACUACGACGACGACGGUGACGACCCUCUACCUCAGUUCGAAAAGCUGCCAUUGCCAAAAGUGGAUGUGCCGGGUGUCCAAGGCGGCACCGUAAAUUAUCCCCAUCCGGUGAUUGUGGGGCCUGAUUACGUGGUGGAGAAACAUGCACCAUUCUACUGGGGCCUGUACAAACUCACUGAAGAAUUGUACGCCACGUUCAGCAGCUAUGUCGAUCGAGAGGGGCUGCCAAAGGCAGACUACGACAUCACCAAGAAGGAGACGAAAACCCUCAUACACCUACCACUGCACGACUUCCUGGGGGAGCUUUUGGGCCCCGACAACCUGCUUGGAGCCGUCCCGUCCUUCCUGCAGUCGAUGUGGAUGCCAGACACCCUACUCAUGCUACACAAGUUCCGCACAGUGGUGGAGAUCCAGGUGCACCUUACUCAGCACAGGGCGGAGUACGAGGCCCGCAGGAAUCUGAUGUUGCAGAUGAAGGGGCCUCUUGUAGCAGUCGGUGCGACGUGGAGGAUGAGCAUUGACGCUUGCAGAGGUGAAGUGGGCUGCUGCACCGCCGAGUGGGGCAUCACAGUGUGA